UAAUAUUCCUGGACUCUCAAUUGAGGACAAAGAAUUUCUUGCACUUAUGGAACAUGAAAGUUACAAAGAUGAGGAAGGUUGUUGGACAGCUCCACUACCUUUUAGGCGGGACCGAAUAAGACUUCCCAACAAUAGAGUACAGGCUCUCCGACGAGCAAAGUCACUGGACUAUAAUCUACAAAAGCACCCGGAAAAACAUUCCCAUGUUUAUGAAUUUAUGGGUAAAUUACUUACAAAUGGUCAUGCAGAAGUUGCUCCUCAAAUCACAGAACAGACUGAGUGUUGGUACUUACCACUUUUCGCUAUUUAUCAUUCGAAGAAACCAGGGAACAUAAGGUGCGUUUUUGACUCUUCAGCCAAAUUCAAUGAUAUAAGUCUCAAUGAUGUUCUACUGAGCGGACCAGAUCUAGUAAAUAGCCUUCUUGGGAUACUACUAAGAUUUCGACAACGUCCAGUUGUUAUCACAGCCGAUAUUGAACAGAUGUUUUAUAGGUUUUCAGUCCCACCAGAACAACGAAACUAUUUAAGAUUCUAUUGGCACAAAGACAAUGAUCCAAAGAAUGAAAUGAUUGAAUAUCGAAUGACUAGACAUGUCUUUGGGAACAAGCCAUCUCCGGCUGUCGCCACUUUUGGCCUUAGAAACUGUGUUAAAACAGCUGAACAAGAUGUGCGUGACUUUGUAGAACGCAACUUUUAUGUGGAUGAUGCAUUGUGUUCCUUUGAUACUAGUGUUGAAGCAGUUGAUUUAAUUACUCGAACAAUGAAAAUUCUGAAGGAAGAAGGUAACAUUCGCUUACACAAAAUUUCAUCUAAUAAUUUGGAAGUUAUUAAAUCCUUUUCACCGGAGGAUCUUGCAAAAGACUUAAAGAACAUAAAUUUGGAUCUGAAUGAGGCCCCACUUCAGAGAAGCCUUGGUGUUCAGUGGGACAUGUCCAAGGACUGCUUUACUUUUAGAGUUUCGCAACUAAAUUCAACAUCAAAACCAUUCACAAAACGUGGUGUGUUGGCAACAAUAAAUGGUUUAUACGAUCCAAUGGGUUUUGUUGCACCUGUAACUGUAGCCGGAAAGAUUAUUAUGCGUGAUAUAAUGGCCUUACACACUGACUGGGACGACCCAUUGCCAGAAACAUAUUUAUCUAAGUGGAGUACAUGGAAGAAUUCACUUGAACAUUUGAACAACGUGACCAUACCGAGAUGUUUCACUUCAUUUGAGUCAUCACAGAUUGUUUGUCGCGAACUGCAUAUUUUCUCAGACGCGUCAAAAGAUGCUAUUGGUGCUGUCGCAUAUUUGAAACUUUAUGAUGUCAACGGAGUGUCUCAACUAGCCUUUGUUCAGGGAAAAGCAAAGGUUGCUCCUACUCAUGGGCAUACCAUUCCCAGAUUAGAAUUAUGUGCUGCUGUGUUAGCAAUAAAUCUUAAAGACUCAGUAACUAGACACUUAACUUUGGAAAUUAACUCUACAUUCAUGUACACUGAUAGUAAGAUAGUCUUGGGCUAUAUCAAUAAUCAACAGAGACGUUUUUAUGUUUACGUUGGAAAUCGUAUAGAUAUGAUCCGUCAGUCAACCAGUCCAAGUCAAUGGUCAUACGUACCGUCCGAAGAUAAUCCAGCUGAUACAGCCACCAGAUCUAUUUCUGCUAGAGAUAUAAGCACUAGUGAAUGGCUCUUAGGACCAUCAUUUCUUAUGAAAGGAAGUGAAUCUAAAUUUGAUCAUACAGAAAGUUUUUCUAUGAUAACUCCAGAUGAUGACAAAGAAGUAAGGCCUUUGUUAGUUACAUGUAAAACUAACUCAAGUGAUAAAGAAGUGAAAUCUGAUACAGAAUUUGUGAAAAUCUUUGAGUCAUUUUCUAGUUGGUCCCGAUUAGUUAAAACGAUUGCAAGACUCCGACAUAUUGUCAAAUCAUUCAGUCAACCCAAUGGUCAAUGCAAAGGAUGGCAUAUGUGUGCGCUAAAUAGUGAUGAUUUACGUGAUGCGGAGAAAUUCAUAUUGAAGGAAGCACAACUCGAAUACUUUUCUAAAGAAAUCAAUUCCCUCAAGGAGGGGAGAAAUGUCUCUUCUGGAAGCUCAAUUAUUUCUCUGUCGCCAUUACUUGAUGAAAAUGGUAUUCUUUGCGUAGGAGGAAGAUUAAAUGUAGGCAAAAAAUGUACAAUUAGUUCAGACAAGAAUCCAGUGCUUGUUCCGAAGAAAAGCCACAUUUCAUUAUUACUUAUUAGACACUUUCAUGAAUUGGUUCACCAUCAAGGAAGACAUAUAACUGAAGGGAAGAUUCGUUCAGUAGGGUACUGGAUCAUAGGUUGUAAAAGAAUGGUUGGAACUUGUAUUCAUAACUGUGUUACAUGCAAGAAACUACGAGGUCUCUUUGGAACUCAAAUUAUGUCAGACUUACCUGAAGAUAGAAUCACACCUAGUCCACCUUUUACUUUUGUAGGUGUCGAUACUUUUGGACCCUGGAACGUGAUAGCAAGACGGACAAGAGGUGGUCAGGCAAACCACAAGAGAUGGGCGAUAUUAUUUACUUGUUUAGUAAUUCGUGCCAUACAUAUUGAAGUGGUAGAGGAACUAAGCAGUUCAUCUUUCAUAAAUGCGAUGCGAAGAUUCAUAUCUGUUAGAGGACCAGUGCGUCAGUUUAGAAGUGACAGAGGAACUAAUUUCGUUGGAGCAUCUGAUGAGUUAAGUAUGAAUUCUAUUUUUAUUGAAGACGAAAACAUUCGGAAUUAUUUGAAUACCAAUCAAGUAACUUGGAUUUUCAACCCUCCCCAUGCAUCCCACUUCGGGGGUGUAUGGGAAAGGAUGAUCGGAGUGACACGGAAAAUCUUAGAUGCUAUGUUAUUGCGUGCUAACUUGAAGGAACUAACCCAUGAAGUACUAACAACUUUUCUAGCAGAAGUUUGUUCGAUAGUGAAUUGCAGACCGCUUGUACCAGUCUCGACUGACCCUAAUGAUUCUUCUAUUCUGACACCUAAUACGUUACUUACUCAAAAGGAAGGAAGUCUUCCGGAGACAUUGCCCGAGUUGGAUACGAAACAAUUGUACAAAUCUCAAUGGAAACAUGUUGUUGUUCUUUCUCAGGAAUUUUGGAAGAAGUGGCGCGAACAAUAUCUGUCAAAUUUACAACAGCGACGUAAAUGGAAUACUUCAAGUGAUGAUAUUAAAGAAGGUGACAUAGUUCUUUUGAAAGACCGUGAACUAAAUCGUACAUGUUGGCCAAUGGCUAUUGUCGAAAGAACAUUUCCGAGCAGUGAUGAUCAUGUCCGAAAGGUACAGAUUCGUGUGGCUAAAGACCGUAGAUGUUAUGUGAGACCAAUUUGUGAACUCAUCCGUUUGCUCUCUGAGUGACUAUGUAGUGAUUUGAUGUUUAUAGACUGUUUAAGGAUUGUAAGGUUUUAUUUUAAAAUUAACCUUAAAAGAGUUAUUUAGUUAGAUACAUGUACAAAUACAUUAUUUUUUGGUAUAUAGUGAUUUCAGGUAGAAAUCAGGAGGGGAGUGUGCUGCCCCGGAUUUAAUUUUUGCUAUGGUUAAAUUUUUACCAACACCGUUUUUUGGUUAUUAGUCAUAUGACACCGGAUACGUUUGAUGUUCACAUUACGCUUUGUCACAAAACAUAGAAUUUAGGUGUUGGCCCCUCAUGAAUUUUGUACCCUCUCCGGGGGUUUGAAUAGCAAUAAAGCAUAGAACAUUGCACAGU